CUUAAAUCGCUGUUUGUUUUCAAUAAAUAUUUGCUUCAAUUGUGGCUUAAAUUGAGUCCAAUUUAGGCCACUCUGAAGACAUGGAAGCGAUCGAAGCGGAGAACAAUCGUCUGAAGCAAUUGAUUGUGAUCUUAGAGCAGAUAUCAAUGGAUUUGAUGCCAAUUGUGAUGAAAUGCAAAUGUGAUUACAAUUCAGUUAAACUCAAAACAAAACUAAAUGUUUUGAAACAAAAAUACGAUUUCUUGAAACAAAGCGAAGACUACCACAAGAGUGGCGACAAGUGUGACAUCAUCGACAAGAUCAACAGGUGUGGACAAAGUGUGUCCAAAAUUAUCAUCAAAAGAAUCGACGAGUUUGACGACACCUUUGCUAGCGAUGAAGACAAGAAUCGGGAGACAAUGAAUGACAACCGAUGUGUGACCACAAGAAGAAGAGGCCGACGGCCAAAGAUGUUGUCCACAGACGGUGAUCAACGAGCGGACCAAAAUUUGAAUAAAGAAUUUGGUCUUAAAAUCAGACGAAAGUACGAAAGACUUGGCGUCAAGAAAGAGGUUCCGAGUUAUCGGCAAAAGAUCAACAAAAAGCGAAACGAAAGCCAAGUUCUGUGCGAUGAGUGCGGGAAACGGUUCAGAGAUACCUAUGAACUCAAGUUCCAUAUGUGGAGACACACAGGCGUUAAGCUCUUUAAGUGCAACUGGCCGGGAUGUGACAAAGAGGUGGGUGGAAGUGUUUUGGACUUUGAGUUUGUCUCAAAUUUUCUUUCCGACAUACAGUACACAACCAAAUACUUAGCAAAACACCAGAAGACACACUCAGACCCCAAACGCUUUGUUUGUCAACACAUUGACUGCAAAGAGUCGUUUGAGUCGAGCCAAGAGUUGUCGCAACACUUCGAGCACUUCCACGGCGGACACAAACCCUUUAAAUGCAAUUUCGUGGGAUGUCUGCAGGAAUUCACCGCAAAAGCCAAUCUCUUGCAACACCACAAUUGGGUCCAUUCCGACGUGAACUACCCGUGCGAAUGGCCGGGCUGCGAAGAUAAGUUCAAACGCAAGAGUUUACUCAACACUCACAUGAGCAGCAAACACAUGGGAGACAUGAGGUACAGGUGCCAAAUACCCGGCUGUCAGUUCAAGUCGUGUCACAGCAAGUCGUUCGCCAGACAUAAGUUGAUUCACUCGGGAGAGAAGCCGUACCCGUGCCAAGUGGACGGCUGUACGGCCCGUUUCCGACAGUCCCAUCAGCUGAAGAGUCAUCAGAUGACACACACGGGAGAGACGCCCAUCAGUUGUCGGGUUUCCGAAUGCGAUCAACGGUUCAAAACGAAACGAGUAAUGCUUUCACAUCUGCAGAAGUUUCACGGAAUCGACGUUUGAUUUGUUUUCCAGAGUUUUAUUGAUUUUUAAGC